CAUUGUCCGAUGCUAACUCUUUUGCGUUCGUGCUGCCCUGAACCACAAAACACGCGCACCUAACGUCCAAUCACAUUAAUUGGACAGGUAACUUUCCAGAAGCUAGCAGGUCCUUUCAGUCCACGGCCAGCAAGAUUAAAAAGACAGGCGUUUUACGGAUGGCGGAGCUAGCGUUAGCUGAUGUUUUUGCAGAGGACUCUGAAAGUGAGCGAACAUUUUACGGCUUUUCUGACAGUGAAGUCAGCGCUAAGGAUUCAAAUCUGGAAGAUGGAGAUGAAGCCCAGCCUGACCUGUCCUCAUCCAAACCAUCUUCUGGUGCCCACACCUUCAGACUGAGGGUGGCUCUCCGCUCUGCUUCCUCUGCCCAGCAGGCCACUGAGGAUGCAGAUGAUGAUGAAGAUGAUGAGAGGGAGGAAAAACAGAGGACAAGAAAGAGAGCGGUUAAGAGCGCAGGAAGGACCAGUCAAGCAAAGAGAAUGAGACGUGUUAAAUUCGAAGACGAGGAGACACCGGUGGCUCAGCCGCCUCCGGCUGAGGAACGUGGAUCUGACUCAGCGGAUGAUGAUGUAGCAGAGUCCUUCCUGGCCAAGAGACAGCAGAACAUUAAGGCCAACAAAGCAAUGUUGGCUCAGCUGAUGGCAGACCUGCAGAAGAUGCCAGGAGGUUCAGGGUUACUGAAAAAACAAGCAGGCAAGCCGAAGACGAAAGAGAAAAGCUCUCGUCCACCACGCUCUGGAGGAGAGUCCAGGAGGAACCCAGAGCGGGCGUCCCGUAGACAGACCCGCUCUAUGGGGGGAGUUGAUGAUCCUUUCGCCCCUAAAGAUGAAGAGCUGGAGCUCAGCUUGGAGGAGGAGCUACUGGAGGUACGCCGAGCUCCACAGCGUCGUGGCGCACCACGACCUAAACAGAGCAAACCUCAUUUUAUCCGUCCUGUGGAGGACAUCACAGAGGAUGAGAUUCAGCUGGUUGCAGACAACAUGACUGAAAAAGUCUACAACAGUGUCUCAGGCUCUACGUGUCAUCAGUGCCGUCAGAAAACCAUUGACACCAAGACGUGCUGCCGCAGUGAGGGUUGUCGGGGGAUUCAGGGUCAGUUCUGCGGGCCGUGUCUGAGGAACAGAUACGGAGAGGAUGUCAGGAAGGCCUUGCUUGAUCCAGAGUGGAGGUGUCCUCCGUGUCGCGGCAUCUGCAACUGCAGUUUCUGUCGUCAGCGCGAUGGCCGCUGCCCGACUGGCAUCCUGUUCCCCCUGGCUCAGUACCACGGCUUCUCUGACGUCCACUCCUACCUCAGCAGCCUCCGCAACAAGCUGAAGAAUGAGGACAACGAUGUAGAGAUGUGAGACCAACUCUAGGGGGAGCAAUUGUUUUAAACUGUUCUAUUUUAUGUGUAUUCAAGUUCUUAAAGUUUGUUUUUAGCUCAGGUAAAACAAAUAAAGGAGUUUUAAAUAAAUUGA